UCAGGACGUUGACGCGGGGGUUUUCUCUGGUCGGCCCCGCAAACCCUUCCCGGGUCUGUGAAAUUGUGCCUUUGGCCUCGCUGUGCCUGGGCGAGGAGCGCAGUAUUCCGCUCGCUGGUCGGCGCGGUUAUUGGCCUUGGUUCUCGGACUGACCGCCCUCACCUCCCUCCCGGCCUCUCCUCCGGGCCCAUCCUCGUCAGGGGCGCCUCGCGGCGGCGGCGGCGGCCCCCCAGACUCGGCCCAGGACAACCAGCGGCCCACCUCCGCUCCGGGCUCGGAUGGGAGGUGGCGGGAGGAGUGGCCUGGGAUGUUCAGUCUGAUGGCCAACUGCUGCAGCUGGUUCAAGCGGUGGCGGGAGCCCGUCAGAAAAGUGACUCUUGUGAUGGUGGGACUUGAUAAUGCUGGUAAAACGGCAACAGCAAAGGGAAUCCAAGGAGAGUAUCCUGAAGAUGUAGCACCUACCGUUGGAUUUUCCAAAAUUGACCUUAGACAAGGAAAGUUUGAAGUCACCAUCUUUGACCUGGGAGGUGGAAAAAGAAUUCGGGGAAUCUGGAAGAAUUACUAUGCUGAAUCUUUUGGGGUAAUAUUUGUUGUGGAUUCGAGUGAUGAAGAGAGAAUGGAAGAGACAAAACAGACAAUGUCAGAAGUGAUAAGACAUCCUAGGAUAUCGGGAAAGCCUAUAUUGGUGUUGGCAAAUAAACAAGAUAAGGAAGGGGCUUUAGGAGAAGCUGAUGUGAUUGAAUGCCUGUCUCUGGAAAAACUGGUCAAUGAGCACAAGUGCUUAUGUCAAAUAGAACCUUGUUCAGCAGUCUUGGGAUAUGGAAAGAAAAUUGACAAGUCCAUUAAAAAAGGCCUUUAUUGGCUGCUUCAUAUCAUUGCAAGAGACUUUGAUGCCUUAAAUGAGCGCAUCCAAAAAGACACAACAGAACAACGUGCUCUUGAGGAACAAGAGAACCGAGAGCGGGCUGAAAGAGUACGAAAAUUACGAGAAGAAAGAGAACAAAGAGAGCGAGAGCAGGCUGAACUCGAUGGAACCAGUGGUCUGGCUGAGUUGGACCCAGAACCAAUUAUUGUUAAUCCUUUCCAGCCGAUAGCAUCUGUAAUCAUUGAGAAUGAAAAAAAACUUGAAAGAGAGAAAAAGAGGCAAAAUGUGGAGGAAGACAGUGAUGGCUGUCCCCUGAAACAUAAAAUGGAGCGUGAGCAAAUAGAGACACAGAGCCAGAUCAGUGACAGUAGCCAAAAAAACAAUGAGUUCGGAAUAGUAGAAAAUUAUAAGGAGGCAUUAACACAGCAGUUGGAAAAUGAAGAUGAGACAGACCAGCAGUCAUCAGAAUCAGAUAACAGUAAAAAGAAAACUAAGAAACUAAGAAUGAAAAGGAGCCACCGUGUAGAACCUGUUAAUACAGAUGACUCUGCUCCUAAGAGUCCAACACCACCCCCACCUCCUCCUCCUGUUGGCUGGGGAACCCCCAAAGUCACUAGACUUCCAAAACUUGAGCCUCUUGGUGAAACACGUCAUAAUGACUUCUACGGGAAGCCACUGCCUCCCCUGGCUGUGCGACAGAGACCUAACAGUGAUUCUCACGACGUCAUAUCAUAACCAGCUCAUGUGGAUGCGCUCUGUUAAGGUCGGCAAGAUGAGCUGGAGGACCUUCUUUCUCAAAGGAGAAAAACCCUGAACAUCGAUGACUGGGGCAAGACAACUGUAGCAGUAUCAGUGAGCCAAAGACCUGACUGUUUUGAUAAUUACUUACCCAUGGUCUUCAUGGUUCAAAGAAAAAAAAGAAGCAAAAUGACCAGCAAAUGGGACAAGCAUUUGGACCAAGUUAGCAAAAAUUACUGUUGACUCUGAUUUAUACAUCCCCACUCAUGGGCAUAUUCCUGAAGGAAAAGCUGUUCAGAAAAAGAGCCAAUGGACUCUGUACACUUUCUUUACUAUUUGUUUAAUAGUCUUUAUUUCUGUAUCUUAAACAUUUGUAAGAUAUAUGUGCAUGGAAAGGGAAUUCUUAGGAAUUUAUAACCUAAAUUUUUAACUUUUUAUAUUUUUCUAAAACUUUGGUUUAAGAAUUUUAAUUACUAAGAUAUUGACUGUGCACUUUUCUAUAGAUGCUUUGUUUAAAUUGUGUCUGGAAAAUGGAGUUGAUUUACUUGACAGACAUGAGCUAUACAAACAGGAUAUAUUUAUAUGGUUUGAGGUAUGUUUUAUAAUAGUACUGUUCUUGAAAUAUACAUCCUAAUUUUACCUUAUUUUAAGAUAUCUUUUUAAAAUCUAUUCUCAUAUUUUUAUUUUACCAAAUUAUGUUA